AUGCUUCCAAAGGAUGUCCACGUCCGAUUGCAUUAUCUCAACGGGCAACGCAAUGGAGAGAAAGAAACAGGCAAACCAUCAAAGACGAAGCUAUCAUGCGCAGUCAACGCUUUGAGUGUACUCGAAACCAUUCAUGAUGUUCGCGGAGCUCACGAGGAGUUCAACCUUGACCUUCAAGGAUUCCGCUUCGUCAGAGCACCAACCAAAUUCGAAGGCUGGGCAUCAAAGCAGGAAAUAACGAAAGUUUAUGUUCCAGAGAUCGAAAACUUGUUGCGCCAGGAAGUGGAUGGCUGCGAUGAGAUACAUGUGGUCAGUAUCGAGGGGCUCGACCAUUGUUGCAAUCAACCGGUCCACGUCGAUUACACCGCAUCGAGCGUGGAGUCACUGUUACACGAGACGGACGAGACGAAGGCCAACUAUCUCCUCACUGGAAGGGUCCGAUUGAUCAACAUAUGGAGGCCAAUCAAGGGCGUCAUGUCCAGGUCUUCCAUUGCGAUCGCAGAUGGCAGAGGAGUCGACUCGCUGAAGGAUAUUUCAAAAGUCGAUACAGGCACGCCUGUGCGUCACGUGAGGUACAGAGAUGGAUACCACUGGUACUACAUGAGCGAACAGGCUGAGAAAGACGUCGUGUUGUUCAAGACCUACGACAGCGACAAGAGUCAGCCUUCCUCGACAUGUCUCCGCGCAACUUUCGACAUUCCCAACACAGCAACAGACAUGCUCUCCGAGACAAUUGAGAUUCGAGCGUUGAUCUUUACGCAUCCUGUCAGCAAGCAAGUCGCGCAUGAUCAACAAUCUGAAGAAGAGGUCGAAAUGCUAAAGAGAAAAAUCACAAGUCUCUCAGACGAGAUCUCAGAAAGCCAAGCGUUGAUAAGAGCAGGGUUGAAUCUUCGUCAAUGGGAGUCUAGCAAGACAGCAGAACAGAUGCGUCAUCUGAUCUCUGACCGCGACCACGCCCGUACCGAGUCGCUUUCCCUGAGCAUGCAGCUCAACUACCUGGAAGACUGGAUCACGAAUCUCUACAUGUUGUGGGGCCCUUCAUGUCACUACGACCCCUUGGUUGAACGGUUGCAGCAUUUGAUAAGCUCAACACCGAGAUUGUAUCAACGUCUUGGUCAGACUCGGCAAGCACAUGCUAGCCUUGUACAGAACAUGGGAAUGUAUGGUCCGGAUGUCGAGAUACUGCUGCUACGCCGACAGCUACAAGCUCAACAUACAGAGAAUAAGAGGCUCAAAGCUCGGAUCAAGGCUCAGGUUGAGGACGGGAUGGAUGAAGUGUUCGACUCUACUCUGCAGACGACGGUCGAGUAUGAACGUGGCAGAGAUGAUUCUGUUAUUGAAGGCCUGCGCUGGGAGAUGCAGAGACUCCAUGAAGCGCUCGAAGCAAAGACUUCUGAGAAGGAGAAGUCUGCUGAAGCAGCAUGA